CUUUGACACAAUACUGCAAAAAUGGCAUCCUUCUCACGAUCACUAAGACCCCUCACCCGCGUUGCUACUGCCUCAUCGCGUUCGCUGCGACCGGCAGCCCGCGCCGCCCCGCAACUACGAUGCCUCUCCACGACUGCCGUCCGCCGGGAAGCCAUUGACAUCUCAGAUGUCCCACCGACGCCCAUAACCCACCUCUCCGAGACGGAAAUGCUUAUGGGCGAAUCCGUCUCCAAGUUCGCCAACGAUGUCAUCCUCCCCAAGGCGCGAGACAUGGACGAAGCCGAGUCGAUGGACCCCGCAGUAGUCGAGCAACUCUUCGAGCAAGGCCUCAUGGGUAUUGAGAUUCCCGAGGAAUACGGUGGCUCAGGCAUGAACUUCACAUCGGCCAUUAUCGCCAUCGAGGAGCUGGCGCGUGUCGACCCCAGUGUCAGUGUCAUGUGCGAUGUCCACAACACACUCGUCAACACUGCAAUUCUCAAAUAUGGAUCCGAGAAGAUCAAGAAGGAGUGGCUGCCCAAGCUGGCCACAAAUACAGUCGGCUCCUUCUGUCUCUCAGAACCCGUGUCAGGAUCCGACGCCUUUGCGCUCGCCACCAAAGCCACACGAACCGACAAUGGAUACAAGAUCAGCGGUAGUAAGAUGUGGAUAACGAACAGUGUCGAAGCCAACUUCUUCAUUGUCUUCGCCAACCUCGACCCUAGCAAGAAGUACAAGGGCAUUACUGCCUUCAUUGUAGAGAAGGGCACACCGGGUUUCUCCAUUGCAAAGAAGGAGAAGAAGCUUGGCAUCAAAGCCAGCAGUACCUGCGUCAUCAACUUUGACGAUGUUGAAAUCCCCAAGGAUAACCUGCUCGGUAAGGAAUUUGAGGGCUACAAGUACGCCAUUGCGCUGUUGAACGAGGGCCGCAUCGGUAUCGCAGCGCAAAUGACUGGCCUUGCGCUCGGCGCCUGGGAAAAUGCUGCAGGCUACGUGUGGAACGACCGCAAGCAGUUUGGCCAACUCGUCGGCGAGUUCCAGGGUAUGCAACAUCAGCUCGCCCAGGCCUGGACAGAGAUCCAAGCCGCUCGCGCCCUUGUCUACAAUGCUGCGCGCAAGAAGGAAGCUGGCGAGGACUUCAUCAUGGACGCUGCCAUGGCUAAGCUCAUGUCAUCGCAGGUUGCAGGACGUGUAUCCGGACAGGCAAUCGAAUGGAUGGGUGGCAUGGGCUUCGUCAGAGAGGGGCUUGCGGAGAAAUACUUCAGGGACAGCAAGAUCGGUGCCAUCUACGAAGGAACCAGCAACAUCCAGUUGACUACUAUUGGCAAGCACCUGCAGAAGAAGUAUACCAAAUAGAUGAUGAAACAAUAAAAAGUAUAGCAUGAUUGAUGCACGUCGUCGUCAUUUCCAGAAGCACAAGAUCGAGUAGCAAGGCGGCGCUCGCAAUUUCGACAUUCAG